UCUGAAAUCCUUUCAGUCUCCUCACCAUGUCUGGUCGUGGCAAAGGCGGGAAGGGCCUGGGCAAGGGAGGCGCCAAGCGCCACCGCAAGGUGCUGCGCGACAACAUCCAGGGCAUCACCAAGCCCGCCAUCCGGCGGCUCGCCCGGCGCGGCGGCGUCAAGCGCAUCUCCGGCCUCAUCUACGAGGAGACCCGCGGGGUGCUCAAGGUGUUCCUGGAGAACGUGAUCCGCGACGCUGUCACCUACACGGAGCACGCCAAGCGCAAGACGGUCACGGCCAUGGACGUGGUCUACGCGCUCAAGCGCCAGGGCCGCACCCUCUACGGCUUCGGGGGCUAAAACCGAUCUCACCCGCCGUACUUCUCAUCCAAAAGGCCCUUUUCAGGGCCGCCCA